AUGCUCUGCGCUACCGUACUCCUUGCUGUCGUCGGCUACGCGGCGGCAGCGUGCGUCAGCGACGCAAAUGGAGUCUGUAUUAGGGUCUACAACAAAUGCCCGUUUCCCGUGUGGCCCGGAAUCCAGGGCUCUACGAUCCCGAAUGGCGGCGGCUUCAAGCUGAAUGCUGGCGAGGCAAAGGAGCUUCGAGUGCCCAACGGCUGGCGAGCGGCCCGAAUCUGGCCGAGGACGGGUUGUGACGGGAAUAUGCGAUGCGAGACUGGGGAUUGUGGCGGAAACACGGAGCAGUGCAAUGGCCGUGGAGGUGUCCCGCCCGUCUCCCUAGCCGAGUUCACCCUGAAUGGAGCCGGAUCUCAGGAUUACUACGAUGUUUCCCUUGUGGACGGCUACAACAUCCCCGUUUUCAUCAUCCCCAUUGAGGGCACCUACCGGACCACGGGAGGGCAAUACGACUGCAAGGUCGCCGGCGGGUGUGUCGAAAACCUCGCCUCGGAAAUUUGCCCGGAAAAGAUGCGCGUCGUAAAGAACGGCCGUAUCGUCGCCUGCAAGUCGGCUUGCGAGGCGUUCAACACCGACGAGUACUGCUGCCGUGGCGCCCACAGUACGCCGCAGACCUGCCCUCCCACACAGUACUCUCAGCUGUUCAAGCGCGCAUGCCCGGCCGCUUAUUCGUACGCCUACGACGACAAGACCUCCACGUUCUUCUGCCGCGGCAACAAUGGACCUUCGCCAGCCUAUACCGUGCAAUUUUGC